AUGUCACUGGAGCACAAGAAGAGGGGUGUUAAAAGGAAAAGGGAGGAUGUGCAGGUAGACCUGCACCAAAAGAUAUCCGGAAAACUCUAUCAUGGACUACAACAGGCAAAACACGCCGCUAAGAAGGCCAAAACUUUCGAGACGCAGAAGCUUGUGAAGAAGUUGAAGACAACGAAACCUUCUGGAGAUGCUACAGAUCUACUCAACCUCGAGAGUCAACUAAAAGAGCUGAAAGAAGCCGAUCAUGAACGUCUUGGUGCCAUAGCAUUCUUCAACAAACUGAAGAAAGACAAAGUGCUCUCUCGACAUCCCGACUUCCAGACGGCGUUCGAAGCCGAGCGCGAGCGAGCGUCUCCGGCGACAACUUCUGGUCUAUCUGCUCAGCUUGAAAGCCGCCUUCUGAGCUCUAAAGCGCUCGCUGCUGAGAUCAACUCUACCAUAUCCUCUUUACGGAAGAUAAUUACACCGCCUGCGACCAGCGCCGACGGAGAUGGGCCUACCGAGAACGAGAACGAGGAUGAGGAUGGGCUUACGGAGUCCGUUCAACGGCCUACCAAAGUGGCGAAGCUCACCAAGGAGUCAACGCCUGUAGCCACCAGAGUGAAGCCCACUUCUGUGCCGGUCACCCGUAAUAAUGAGUCGGAUGAAGAUGAAGGCUCUGAAGAAGAGAGCGACGAAUUACCGGAGGCACAAGCCGAGCAGGAUGUCGCAGACGAUGGGUGGGAGUCUGGUUCUGUGGACGAAGACGGCAAUGUCGUCAACAAUCACGACGAGGACGAUUCGGAGAGCGAGUCUUCGGACGCGCCUGCACCGCCUACCACAACGGCUUCGAACAAGUCCAAACCUUCGGAAUCUGUGUUUUUGCCAUCGCUUGCCGUCGGCUUCACGCGCGGAGACUCGGACUCAGACUUCAGCGACAGUGAGGCCAAAGUUGCUGACUCAGUCCGCAAGAAUCGCCGUGGUCAAAGGGCACGGAGAGCUAUAUGGGAGAAGAAGUACGGCAAGGGCGCGAAGCAUCUUAACAAAGGUCAGGACGGAGACGUUCCACCAGGGCACGAUGGAUCUCGUCCGCGCGCUGGUGAGCGGCAGGGUCCUCGGCAGCGGGAUAAUGGGCGCGACUCCCGGCCUGCUCGACCCUCCCAGACGAACGCCGGCAGACCGCCCAGACGCGAUGUUGUGCCGCGCCACCAACAACCACCACAACCGUAUCACAGCGUGCCACAGUCCAACGGCCCUCUGCCGCCGCGAAGGACACAAAAGCCCGCGGAGGAGAAACCCUUGCACCCUUCGUGGGAGGCAAAGAAGCGUUUGAAGGAACAGCAGAGCGCUGGUAUCCGACCUCCAACCGGGACGAAGAUUACAUUCAAUGACUGA